AUGGCUUCUGGAUCGUCUGGUCGCGGUAACCCCGAUUCUAAAGGCUUUGAUUUUGCUUCUGAUGACAUCUUAUGCUCCUACGAAGACUUUUCCAACAGGGAUUCCAAUUCCAAUGGCAAUCACAACGAUUCUGUAAUCGCCCCUACUUCAACCACGGAUUUUCACAAAUCAAGGGUAGCAAGGACAUCUGUUUUUCCUGUUACUGCCUAUAAUCCACCUGAAGAUUCUUUAAGCCAAGAUGUGAUUGCAACUGUGGAGAAGAGUAUGAAGAAAUAUGCGGACAACCUCAUGCGAUUUCUCGAGGGAAUUAGUUCAAGGCUCUCACAGUUGGAGUUAUAUUGCUACAAUCUUGACAAAUCUAUUGGAGAAAUGAGAUCUGAUUUAAAUCGUGACCACGGGGAGCAAGAUUCAAAGCUUAAAUCUCUUGAAAAGCAUCUUCAGGAAGUAAGUUUCAACUUCAUUUGGUAA